AAGCGGAAGUGCGGUGGCGUCGGGACAAGAAACUCAUCUCUGGAGCUCAAGCUUGUUUUGAAAAUAGCCUCAAGUUCUACCUGUGCUCGCUGCUCUGUGGUUUUCUAUGUGACCAGAGCCCUGUCCUGAGUGCACUGUGGGGAUAAGAGGAGGAUCGUUCUUGUUCUGCUCCCUGUUGUUCAGGAAAACUUACUGUCUGAAUCACAGGAUGGCGACCAUGGUUGUAUCCCCCACUUGUGCUCAGUCUUCCCUAUACCCAGCCUCUCACCAGAAAGGAUGCACAGAGGAGGAAGGGUUGGCUAAUGGCUUCCUGACAAACUGGUUACAGGAGAAACGUCUUCUUGGAGUGAAACUCAAGGAAUGUAAUCAGUGUUUUAAAGUCUUCAGCAUAAAAUUAAACCUUACUCAGCAGAAGACAAUUCAUACUGGAGAAGAGCCCUAUCAUUGUAAUCAAUGUGGCAAAUCCUUCAGCAGCAGAUCCUACCUCACUGUUCAUAAGAGGAUACAUAAUGGGGAAAAACCCUAUGGAUGCAACGACUGUGGGAAAACCUUCAAAUCCCUCAGACUGCAUGUGAGAACUCACACUGGAGAAAACCCCUAUUCAUGUAACCAGUGUUUUCAUGUUUUCCGCACCAGAUGUAUCCUCAAAAGGCACAAGAGAAUUCAUACAAGGGAGAAUCAUUAUGAAUGUAAUCAGUGUGGAACCUUCAGCAUGAGGUCCUCCCUUACUGGGUACAAUAGGAUCCAUAUGGGGGAGAUUUAUGAAUGCAGUGAUUGUGGGAAAACUUUUAGGAAGAGCUCACAUCUGACGCAGCAUGUGAGAACUCAUACUGGAGAAAAACCCUGUGAAUUUAAUGAUUGUGGAAAAUCCUGCAGCAGUAGCUUUUCUCUUACCGUGCACAAGAGAACACAUAAUAGAGAGAAACCCUAUAAAUAUAGUGACUGUGGGAAAACCUUUAAUAAUCUCUCAUCUGUUAAGAAACACAUGAGAACUCGCACUGGAGAAAAACCCUAUGGAUGUAAUCAUUGUGGGAAAUCUUUCAGUAGUAACUCCUACCUUUCUGUGCACAAGAGAAUCCAUAAUAGGUAGAUAUGAAUGCAGUGGCUCUGGGAAAGCGUUUGCUGACCUCUUAUUCCUCAGACAUCUUGGGAACUCUUGCUGGAUGUGUAAAUUAUCUGUUGUGUAACAAAUGAGCCCCCAAACUCAUUGGUUUAAAACAACAGACAUAAUCUCACAAUUUAUGUAGGCCAGAAGUUCAGAAACAGAUUAGCUAUGUAGCUCUAGCUCAGGCUCCCUCAUGAAGUUGCAGUCAAGAUGCAGCCAGGGGACUUCCCUGGUGGCACAGUGGUUAAGAAUCCUCCUGCCAAUGCAGGGGAUGUGGGUUUGAUCCCUGGUCCAGGACAAUCCUACAUGCCG